UUUCGUCACAUUGACGGUUGGUUCACAUGCAGCUUUUAAAAUGAACCUAAACGGGACUGACUACCCGCCUCGCUGGGCGGAGCUAAUCGGCGCUGGGUGAAGAAAUGUAGCGCUUCUUGACUGUAAUUUACAGCCAGGUCGGGGGUGGAGACAAGAGCCCCCCCCCCCCCCCCCCCCCCCCCCAACCCCCCGGGGGGGCCGGACAUAAAGCGGGGGGGACCGAGCGGUGGCCGGGCGUCCUGCAGUCUUCUCCCCGGGCCCUGCACUCCUCUCCCGGGCCCCGCCGUCUUCUUCUUCUUCUCGGGCCCGUAACGUCGUCUGCUCCGAUGCUCGCGCGCUGGCUGCUCGCGCGGUGGCUGCUGCCGCUGCUGUGCGCGCGCUCCGCAGACGCGGACUUCUUCCAGCUGGACACCAUCAGCAACGUCUCCACUUACUACUUCAACUACAUCUACUGCAACAUCUGGGAGGGGGAGUGCCAGCCCCACCAGGACGACGCCUCUCAGCAGGUACCGAGCAGGGACCUGUGGGCCGGGUUUCCCCAGGACUACCUCAGCCUGCUGCACCAGUGGUACUGCGGCCUGGGCCAGUGCUGCGAGUCCGGAGACUGCAGGGUCCCCAACCCCCCCGGGGGCCCCCCCCCCCCCCCUCCAGGGCCUGAUACAUCCUCCUGUCCAGGGCCUGAUCUGUCCCCCCUCCAGGACCUGAUCUGUCCCACCUGUCCAGGGUUUUUUUGUGUCCAGUCUUCCUGCAGCCGACUGGCCCAGGACCUCCAGACCAAGCUCCACGGCCAGCACCUGGCUCAGUCUGUGGUUCUUAAAGCCAUCCAGGGUUUCAUCAACAAUCCCGAGUCCAACAAGCCGCUGACCCUCUCCUUCCACGGCUGGUCCGGGACCGGCAAGAACUUCGUGGCCCGGAUCAUCGCCGAUAACCUCUACCGGGACGGGGUGAAGAGCGAGUGCGUCCGGCUGUUCAUCGCCCCGUUCCACUUCCCUCACGCCCGCCUGGUGGACACGUACAAGAGCCAGCUGAGAGAGGCCAUCAGAGACAUGGUCCUGCGCUGCCCGCAGACGCUCUUCAUCUUCGACGAAGCUGAGAAGCUCCAUCCGGGGCUCAUCGACGCGAUCAAGCCCUUCAUGGAUCACUAUGACAACGUGGAUGGAGUCAGCUACCGCAGGGCCAUCUUCCUCUUCCUCAGUAAUAUUGGCGGGGCGACCAUUAACGAUGUGGCGCUGGACUUCUGGCACUCGGGGCAGAAUCGAGAGGACGUGGGGAUGGAGGACCUGGAGCAUCGGCUGAGAGCUGAAACCAUGGAGUCCCAAGGUGGGUUUGCUCAGAGCGAGCUGAUGUCUGGGCAUCUGAUCGACUUCUUCGUGCCGUUCCUGCCUCUGGAGUACCGGCACGUCAAGCUCUGCGCACGGGACGCCUACGCCGCCCGCGGGCUGGAGACGGACGAGGCCACGCUGGACGAGGUGGCCAAGGCCAUGCUGUACGUCCCCAAAGAGGAGCGGCUGUUCUCCGCCCAGGGCUGCAACUACAGCACGUGUCUGUCCAGGAGGCUGCCGGACAGGUCCAGGAGCAGCGGGGAGGGCAGAGAUCCGCAGAAGGCCGGUGAGAGGAGCGUUUCUCCUUCUACCGCCGGCCGCCAGGCCCACACGGCGAGGAGGAAGACCACGGUGACUUUGCAACAUAUUCGGACGGUGUGGACGCGUGUUAGCGGCUGUGAGUGGCUUUAUUUUCGGACGCGGGGCUUCACAAUGACAGCGCUGUCUCUGCUCUUGGUGGUCGUGUCGGCAGCAUCUGUUCUGGCCGAGUCCACGGUGCAUUUUCGAGAACAAUUUGAAGAUGCUGAUUCCUGGGAGAGUCGCUGGGUAGAAUCCAAGCACAAGUCAGACUAUGGCAAGUUUGUCCUGACAGCUGGGAAGUUCUACGGAGAUGCGGAGAAAGACAAAGGUCUGCAGACGAGCCAGGAUGCCCGCUUUUAUGCUAUGUCAGCCCGUUUCGAUGACUUCAGCAACAAAGGCCAGCCUCUAGUCAUCCAGUUCACUGUGAAGCAUGAGCAGAGCAUCGACUGUGGCGGAGGAUACAUCAAACUGUUCCCCUCCGAACUCAACCAGGAGGAGAUGCACGGAGACUCUGUCUACAACAUCAUGUUUGGACCUGAUAUUUGCGGCCCUGGCACAAAGAAAGUGCACGUGAUCUUCAACUACAAGGGCAAAAACCAUCUGAUAAACAAGGACAUCCGCUGUAAGGACGACGAGUACUCCCACCUGUACACGCUCAUCGUCAACCCGGACAACACUUAUGAGGUCAAGAUCGACAAUAAAAAGGUGGAGUCGGGAAAUCUCGAGGACGACUGGGACUUCCUGCCACCCAAGAAAAUCAAGGAUCCGGAGGCUAAAAAGCCAGAGGACUGGGACGACAGGGAGAGGAUCCCAGACCCCGACGAUAAGAAACCAGAGGACUGGGACAAACCCGAGAACAUCCCAGAUCCUGAUGCGAAGAAGCCAGACGACUGGGAUGACGAAAUGGACGGAGAAUGGGAGCCACCUAUGAUCACCAACCCUGAUUACAAGGGCGAGUGGAAACCCAGAGAGAUUGAUAAUCCUGCCUACAAGGGCAAGUGGAUCCACCCCGAGAUUGACAACCCAGAGUACACAGCUGACCCCGAGAUCUACCAGUACGACAGCGUUGGCGUGAUCGGACUGGACUUGUGGCAGGUCAAGUCUGGCACUAUCUUUGACAACUUUCUUAUCACCAAUGAUCCAAAAAUGGCAGAGGAAGUUGGCAAUGAGACUUGGGGCAAAACUAAGGAUCCUGAGAGAAAGAUGAAGGAGAGCCAAGACGAGGAGGAAAGGAAGAAACGCGAGGAAGAGGACAAGCUAAGGAAAGACGAGGCAAAGGAGGAGGACGAGGAUGAAGAGGAAAAGGAUGAGGAGGACGAGGAGGAGGACGAGGGAGAAGAGCCUGAGGAGGAUGAGGAGGAGGAGGAAGAAGAGGACACAGACUCCAAAGUCAGGGACGAGUUGUAA